AUGAGACGCUGGAGGUAUCGAGUAUCAGGUGGCAUGGAGGUGAUUUUAUCAACUGGGAGCCGCAUUUUCGUGGCGUUUAUAGCUACUGCCUUCUGGGGAAUGGGUGUUCGCGGUCUACAUAACCUGGAGAUUAAUGUACCAAGCGCUGUUUUAAUAGGUGAAACUGUAACCCUUGAGUGCACAUGGCAAUUAGAAGACGAAGAAGCUCUAUAUAGUGUAAAGUGGUACAGGGGGCGAGAAGAAUUCUACAGAUAUAUACCAAAAGAAUUGCCGCACACACGAGUUUUUCCUUUACCAGGAAUCGAGGUCGACAUAUCCCGGUCCGGAGCAAGGCGGGUAGUGUUGCAAGAGGCGACGCCGGCCAUGGCGGGUCGUUUCCGUUGCGAGGUGUCCGCCGACGCUCCCACCUUUCAUACGGAAAUACGCUCCGCACCGCUAGAUGUAGUCGAGUCGCCAGAAUGGGGUCCUAAGCUGGUGUCAGAUCGGUCGUGGUACGGCGUAGGAUCGACGCUACGGGCUACUUGUGCUUCGCCGCCCGCACAUCCACCUGCUAACCUCACAUUUGCACUAAACGGUCAAGAGAUUGACAUGGAGUCGUUCGUGCACGAGUUACCCGACUGGUUUAAAUGGGACCCACCGCCGAAAUUUGAAACGACAACGCCAGAAAUGCCCGAGGAUGAUACCAAUUUCAACAUAUUUCAUGACGAAAAUAAUAUUCAGUAUUUGGAUGAAACUUACAUAAACCUUCAUAAAGAGGAAAUAAGGCGACCUCAAAAGGAAGAUAUGAAGCUUGUGUUCGAGAGGUCGGGUCCUGACAAUAGACUGCCUUCGGUAGCCGAAGUUUUAUUUGUUGUUCGCCACGAAGCAUUCGAACGAGGUAGUCUAAGGUUGACCUGCAUAGCAAGUAUAUACAACCUGUAUGCGGCACGCGCGGAACUAAUUUUCGAUAUGGAGCAACCCGAAGUUGCUUCAGUGCUGGGCGUCCGUAAUAGUGCUAUAAUAGGUUCAUAUAGUGCUUGGAGGUGUUUUAUACUAACUUUAAUAUCAUUACUUUUAUAUAAUAUUCGG